CAUCACUAGGACAAUUAUUACAAUGGCUAAAGCUCCUAAGAGUUCCAGACCAGCACGAGAUGACUCUGUGAAAGUCGCACAUGUUCUCGGUGGUGGGUCUGCUAAAAUUAAGAAGAAAAUAAGAGAUAUCGAAAGAUUAUUAAAGAAAGACAAUUUACCAGCUACCGUAAGAGUAGAGAAUGAAAGAUCAUUAAAGGCAUUAAAAGUAGAAUUAGGAAAUGCUCAAGUGAACUUACGAGCCAAGGAAAUCUCCAAGAAGUAUCAUAUGGUUCGAUUCUUUGAGAAAAAGAAGGCCAUUCGGAAAUUAAAGCAAGCCAAAAAGGAAUUUGAAGAUGUAUCAAAAGGUGGUGUAAGAAAAGAUAUAAAGAAAGCUAGAAAGAAGUUAAGACAUUGUGAAGUGGAUUUGGUAUAUACAGUAUUGUUUCCUAAAUCGGAAAAGUACAUCUCAUUAUAUCCUAAUCCUAAAGAAAAUGAUCAAGUAGAUAUGUCUAAUCCUCGAGCUAAAAAGGGAGCUCAGUUAACAGAAACAAGAAAGAGACAACUUAUAAGUGAAGCUGAACAACUCUUGGAACAAAAUAAAUUACCAUUCUCUUUGGAUGAUGUUAUCCAAGGUAAAUCCGUAAAAUUAGACGAUACUCAUAAGGAAGUAGCUACUGAAGAAAUCGAUGCUGCUGAAGAAAAAGUCACUGAAGAAGAUGAUUUCUUUGAGUAAUGAUAGAUCUGUAUAUUAGAACUAGUACUGAAUACAAGUAGUACUAUAAAUUC